GCGCAGCGCCGGCUGCCCGGCCGACCGCACGGCUGCCCUACAAGGCAAGACCUGACGGCAGCCUAAGGAAGCGGCCCACGACCCAAUCCAAAGCGCGAGGUAGGCGCCCGGCGCGCGGCGCACAGCAACCAUGGCCGGCGUCGAGAUCCCCUUCGUGGCCAAGACCAUCGAUCCCGACGCCAUUAAAGGAGGGAGCAAAGCCGCCCGCAGAAAGGAGGUCGCGAAGAGAAAGUGGCAUAAUGAGUUGAUCAGGUUCGAGGCGCAGUUCCCGAACGGCGAUACCGAGAAGUUUAGAUUGCCGCGCCAGAAGUGCGACGAGCGGUCCUUGCAGCAAUUUAUAUUUCGGACGAAGCAGCCCUUUCUCAUAGACUACCUGCAGGAAGCUUCUAGUGGAGAAAUUAUAUAUCCUGGCGAGGCUCUUGCGAAGUGUCGAGUACGACCGGCGGAGUACAAAGUGAUACCCAAGCCCGUGCGAGAAGUUGAUGAUGCAGCAGAUAAAGAAGGCUACGAAGGGAGUCUAGCUCUUGUAUUAGAAAACGUGCCCGUCCAAAAUGAUGCUACGGGCCACGACGUCCGCGCCGAGGAUAUCCGAGAAUGGCUCAUGUUCGGCAUCCAGGAGGAGGAUCCUGAUGUACGGGCAGCCGUAGGUAGGGUGGAAGUCGUCCAGGCGGAAAUCGAGGAGGUGAAACGGGCGAUGAGAGAUGUCCCAUUCCUAGAAAUGUUCGACGCCCACGGGAAACCUCUCAAAGACGAGGAGGCCGACGAUGAAAGAGCCGUCAAAUAUCAGGAAUGCUCGGAACAGAAGGAGCAGUUCGAGAAGAAGCUGGAGCAGGCCAAAUUACAUGCGCAAGAAGUGAUCAUGGAGCGAGAUAAAACACCUAUCGUACUUACGAGUACGGAAGAAGAUAAAGCAUGGACGGGCCACAAUAAUGGCACGAAGGCCUGGUACGUCUCGUUCCAGACAGAUGAAGCGUGGCAGCUCGAGGAGUGGAUUAGUGGCAAGCAGGACUGGGACGGCGUCAAGCUGGCGUUGGCCCAUGCCGUGGAUUCCGAGGAGGGCAACUACAAGGAGACGCUGCCGCCCUGGGCGGGUCGCGGCAUGGUGCCGGAUGGUUCUAAACCCUACUUGCCGGACUACCAACCUUAUGUGGUCAACAUGGCGGCCGUGUAUGUGAGACGGGUCGAACAUGGGUUUGGCGUGCUGAAAAGCGCGCCUGGUCCCGAACUACCGUUUGAAGGGCCUUUCCGCUAUUACCACGGCCAGUUCCACGCGGGCCAGAUCCACGGGCGAGGCGUCGAGUACACUGAUACUACAGUAUUUUCAGGACUGUAUAGAAAAGGUAUGCGCUGGGGCAAAGGGAGGAUGGACUACUGUGGAGGCGAUGCCUAUGACGGGGAUUUCGGCGCGGAAAUUAAUCUGCGGAAGUCGAUAUUACCGGAGGGCAACGCCUACGAGUCCGGCGUGCCGCACGGCCAGGGGCGACGCGUCUUCGCGGACGGGAGCGUGUACGAGGGGCAAUUUAAGGAAGGUAGGAUUACCGGACAAGGGAGGUAUGAGUCGGCAUUGGGCGAGGUCAUGGAGGGGCACUUUCGCGAAGGCAUGCUCCAGGGAAAAGGGUACAUCAAGACGAUCACGGGCGAGACUUAUACCGGAGAUUUCGUGGACGGCGAGUAUCACGGGUUAGGUACCUAUACGAACGAAAAGCGAGGUGAAACGUAUAAAGGGGCCUGGCGACGGGGCCAGAGGUCGGGAAGAGGCACGGAGACCUUCGCGGACGGCUCGGAGUACGACGGCUACUUUUUUUUGGAUAAGCGGAGUGGACACGGCGUGCUCAAGUACGGGAAAGUAGGGUAUGUCAAACCUAGGAAACGAAGGGCCGAUCUGUCGCCACGAACGACGGAGCGGUUAGAUCGGGAAGAGGAAGAAGCUCGAGUACAAGCCGAGGAGGAUGUGAAAAAUGCGCGUAUUAGCGACAAAGUUGCUUUAUCUGAUUUCGAACAUAGAUACGAGGGCCAGUGGCUGGCUGGCUAUCACAGGAUGAUGGGUUCGCACUACUUUGCGAGGAGUGGCAACUACUAUUAUACGAUGGACGCGGAUAGGGGCAAAGCAUAUUAUCCCUUUCUGACGUCGUUGCAGCCGCGGCAAGAGCGCAAGCGCGCGAAAGACGCGCGACUGAGACAGAAGCACAUCGAUCUCGAUAGAGCCUUCCGGGAGGAGAUCAUCCGCAAGAAGGAAAAAGUUUUUAGACAACAACGGCGGCACGCGCGGCAUGCGCUCAAGUCGGAUCAUUUUGAGCCCUUCACGGACGCGGCCAUCGAGGCUCGUCAGACCUUACGACGCAUGAGGUUGGAGAAUUUGGUGGCCAAGUCGAAGAUUACGCCGGCCCACGCGACGGCCGUGGCUACGACGAACCGACUCGGGGCGGCUGCUCUCAGUGUUAAUGAGGCGGCUCUACCACACGAGGAGUGGGUCGCGGAGAAUCCUUUGUCGAAAGCCGUGCGGUCGGACUUCGAGGAGUUGGAAGAGAGGAGGCGUACGGUCAACCUCAAAGCGUCGCUCGAGGCGGCGCGCCAGAAGAUCAUCCGGCGCGAGGAGGCGCAGAAGGACAAGCUCGGUGGGGGGAGCGCGCCGAACUCUCGACCGGCGACGCGUGGCUCGUAAG